GCCUGGGCGAAGCACAUCCUGCGGAACACGAGCGCCCAGCACGGCAUGGAGAUCUUCGCAGGGUUAGAGCAGAUCCCCGAGAAGCCCGAGGAGGAACAGGAGGUGGCUCUCGACGAAGACCUUCUGCAGGACGAUCCGGAGAUCAUGGGCGAUGACACGAUCAUGAGGGGCUUCGGGAUCUCGGAGACCCCGACGAAGAAGGAAGAGCUGGAGAUCGAGAAGCGGAUGAUGCGGCUCAACUGCAACCUCGACCACCCGAGCAUAAAGACGUUGUAUAAGUUCCUCAAGGCCUCGGGGGCGCCACUCCAGGAUGCCUUCAUGAUGGCGCUGAACCUCGACGAAGGGCCAGGCCUCGCGAGCGUCAUCUACCGCGGGCAGCAAGGUCGCGAGGUGACCCAACUCUUCAAGCGCUCGAUGACAACGUUGGCGACCCUGGACCCCGAGCGCCCCAACGAUGAGCUGAUCUCCUGGGCCGUGGACGCGAUUUACAGCGUGGGCAAGGUUGGCAAUCACUCACCGUUCGAACGCGUUAUGGGAGUGGCCGGGAUGUCCGCCUCGAGCAAGCCGUUCGCCAACACCGACGGGGGCACUGGAGAAACUCAGGAGCAGCGGCGCCUCCUCGCUCGCAAGAGUUUCCUGGGAAUCGAAUUUGCUGAACGACGCCGUCGCGCCGAACACGCCUGGAACCGCAUCUCUCAGACCUGGCACCCUGAGGACCUCGUCAACUUCUGGCGCGCGGGACAAGGCCUCGAGAAUCGCCCCGGGAAGAAGUGCGGCUGGUACGGACCUGCGCGGGUCCUCGUGCAGGAGAAGCGACAUAUGGACGGGCGGACUCGCCCGACCUCGGUGAUCAGAUGCGCCCCAGAGCAGCUGCGCGCCGCCUGCGAAGCCGAGAAAGUGAUCACCGAGUUGCAGCGGCAGGUGGAUCGCGGCAAGACCAUGCCGGAGAUCCUGGAGACGGCGAAGACGAGGACUGUGGAAGAUCUCCUGGGACAGGGCCGACCAGAUCUCCAAGACUACGACAGCCAGUGA